AUCCUUGGCAGUGCUGCAGUGGGUUCCUUGGAGGGAUGGAGGAAGCUAAUCAACUAUUUAAUUUCUUUUCUUUGAUAUUUGAGGUAUUCAUCACCGAGUUCUCAGAGAAUGUUGGACUGAACAAGCAUCUUAUUUCUGUAAAUAUUUUAAGUACUAAUUCUGAGAAGCUCUGUGAAUGUCAUAAGACUCAUGUUGAUAAUUGUAUUGUUCUGAGAUUUGUUUUCAGUCAUUUUCUUCAAUUAGUCAGAAAUGACCAGGACUUUAGUGGAUUCCUUCAUUCAUUAUCUGGUUCAAGUGACAUAGAUAAAAUGAUUCCAGAGAUAUCCUUGGAUGUUUCUCUGAAAUUGAUCAGCAUCCCCUUCAUUUUUUCAGCUCCACUUAUUAUUCAAGCACAUCUUAUUCUCUUAGCUUCUAGAUGUAUUAGUACUCAUCUUCCUAUUGAUGGUGGAAAGUCAGAUACUCCAUUAACGAGUUGUUACAUCAACCCAUUUGAACUGUCAGCCAAUUUGUACUUGUCCUACUUAUCUACUUUGCAACUUGAUGGUGAUAUUUUAGGAACCAAUGGUAGAUCAAAUCUCGGUGACUCAAGCGGUCAUAAAAUGAACUUGGAUAGACACACUCAUCAAGCAUACUUCGUUGAUUUCUCCCACCUAUACUCUGAGGAUAUUCUCUCUGGCACUAAAUCACAAGUUAUUGCAUAUUCUGCUUCUUAUAUACGAGGGGAUCACCCUUUAAUAGAUAGAUUGUGUCAGGAAGCAACUUAUUUGGUUGUAGAUCACAUGAUUAAGAGCAUCAUUCCAAUGGAAGCAUGGGAACAGCGACGGAAUGAAAAUGAAGAAAGGAUUCGACAAGAAGUUUACUGUCUUGCUGCAGCAAUGAAAUUAAUGAAUUCCUCUCUUCUAAAUAUUUUAUGGAUUUUGAGACAAACGGGAUCUCACAAUGAAAUGAAGGCAUUGAGAGUGAGCUUACUCAGUAAGGCAUUUAAAUGUCUCUCUCAAUCAGUUAGUAUUAUUCGCAUUGGUGGGUGUAGAACAGACCAAAAAGUUCAAAAUGUUUUAUAUAACAUGUUUGGAGCUUAUGGUGGAAUGCAUCAGGAGAUAAAGUUUAUGUUGAUGCAUAUUUCAAGCUUCUUAGUUUUCAGUUUUAAGAGAAAAUUUGAUUUCUUAUGGAAGGGUUGUAUUUCGAUGAUGAUGACAUUAAUGAAUCUUCUUCUAUUGGAAGAGGGAAAUCUUGGUUUGUCAAAAAUAUUUAAGCUCCUUGAGAAUUCUCAGAGUUUGGAUUUUGAGGGCCUGACUUACAGAAAUACAAAUGUGAUAAUAGCCAGAAACUUGGAAAAAACUCGGAUGCUUUACUUGAAAACUGAAAUUAAAUAUGUACAUGUUGAAGAUAACAGGACUGAUGCUGGCGAAAGAAAUGCAAAAACCAAGAGAUCAAGAAGCUGCAGUGUGGCGCAUGAAAGCCAAGAGAACACAUGCAAUGGAGAGAGAUUCAUCAAUUGUAUUCCAAGCUAUCACACAAAUCCUUCGGAGUGGAAAGAUUUAGUUGACUUCAUCGAGUGCCGACCUGAGAAGGAUUAUUGUUCAUGGUUGAAAAAUCGAAACAAGUUUAACAAAUGGAAGCAGGAAAAAAGUGUUCUUUUUAAGAGUCGGAAGAAGGAGAGAAAAGCCUGCAUUAAAAAAAGCUUAUAAUUUAGCAUCAAUGAAGAGGGCUUUGAUGUAUCUCACAGGGAAAAAUAUUACAUCAGGACUCCUAACGUAGAGCUACAUUCGGAGUCCACUGAUAUACGUACACGUGGAGGUGACAGAAAAAAAAAAAAUCAUUUUAGCGCAGAUGAAUAUUU